CCCCGGACGACUUCAUGCGUUUUUAAAUAGAGAAUUAAGGAGCGCAGACAGGCAAGGCCGGGUAGAAGCCCGACGGGAUCAUUUCCGCUUCCGGUGCCAAAGGGCAAGUGGAAUGUAAACACCGGACCACGGAGUGGCUUUCAGUUCCUGAAAUUUUCCAGAAUGGCUUCCUUUGGGUGGAAGAGGAAGAUUGGUGAGAAGGUAUCGAAGGCCACGUCACAGCAGUUUGAAGCUGAAGCUGCUGAUGAGAAGGAUGCAGCUGAGAAUGAGGAUGGGAGCUGGGUUCACGCCAGCAAACGGAGGAAGGAAAGCCUCCAGGAAGGCUGCAAACAGAAGAGUAAACAGCUGAAGGAUGAAGGCGCUAGUCUUGCUGAAAAGAAAAGAUACCAGGAGGCAAUUCAGAAGUGGGAUGAAGCAUUGCAGCUCACCCCAGAUGAUGCCACCCUUUAUGAGAUGAAAUCACAGGUCCUGAUGUCUCUUCAUGAAAUGUUUCCAGCAGUACAUGCAGCAGAAAUGGCUGUUAAGCGUAACCCACACUCAUGGGAGUCUUGGCAAACUUUAGGUCGUGCUCAGCUUGGAUUAGGAGAGAUAGUUCUGGCAAUCCGAAGUUUUCAAGUAGCUCUCCACAUAUAUCCAAUGAACCCUGAAAUAUGGAAGGAGGACCUUUCUUGGGCAAGAAAGCUCCAGGAACAGCAGAAAGUAGCACAGAGGAUUGAAAAAAAAGAAAUUCCACCGGAAGGAACAGACAUCUCACCAGAGUCAAUCCCUGACUAUGACUUUGAAAGCGAUGAGAUUGUUGCUGUUUGUGCCGCUGUUGCAGAAAAACAGAAGUCUGUGUCUGCAAAUAAAACAAUGGUUAUUGUGUCAGCUUCUGGAACUGUGGAGAUAGUAAAUGAGAAGGAAGAGGGCUCUUCUACCCCAGAUGGCUCUGUCUUUAUCAAAGCCCGAUGAAGCAUACACAAUGAAAAGAUGUUUGAAUCUAGUUUUUCUUUGUUUUGUUUUUUGUUUGUUUUUUUUGUUGCUACUUAAUGCAACAAAAGAUAUCCACUUUGGCAGAGGAGGGCAAAACUUGUGUUUGUAAAUGGAGUUUUUUCAGAUGAAGCAUAUAAAAAUCAAGUAGUGGAAUUAUUCUUUAGUGAUUGGACUGUGCUUCUCUAAGCUAUUUAUACUUAAGGUGAGCAUCUUAAGUGAUGUGUUUUGACUGAUGAGCCUUUAAUUUGACUUUUGUCAAAUUACAUUUAAAGAUACAAUUUGGAAAGUGUGUUCUUGAACAUUAAUUAACUUUUGACUGGCAGUGUUAUUACAAUGUAGACUUGCAGCCUUUUGUUUUAUGAUAAAGGAAGUAUAUGAUUUCUUUUCCUCCUAGAAUUCUGCUGUUGUCUCUCCCAUUUCUCUUGCUUCACUAGUAUAAGCUUAUAUAUUUGUGACAUUCAUCUUGAUUCAAAGGUUUCAAUUGGUUAUAUUUAAAGUAUUUGAAAGUUUGCCUAAAAAUGCAUGCAGAUGUGUAUAUCCUGAACAUUUCUUUGAAUUUUUUGUUCCAAUUUGUGCUUCUGUUUUGACUUUAAAGUUAAAAAGUGGUAACUGUCUUCUUCAGUGUUUGCUACCUACAAAUACUAACCUGUCAGGAUGAUGUUUCAUUCCAUUGUUAAGGUUGAGUCCUCUUUAUCUUAUCUCCUCAUUCGUUUGUAAAGGUGAAUGGUAUUUCCAGAUUGUCAGUAAAUUCUACUGUUACAUUAUCCUGGUCAAAACAGUUUCUUUCCUUUUUUCCUUUCAAGGGGAAGGGUGUACCUAGAGCCCCCCAGCACACUACACUAGCACCCCACUGCUGAGCUAAAUGUUCUAUUUAUCUUUUUCUUAUUUUUGAAAGUAUGAAGAACCCCGAAAACAUUUAUUCCCUUUUAGGUUUUUGUUUUUGAGAGAGAAGGUCUUACUUUUAACCUAGGCUGACCUCAAGGCUGUCUUCCUGCCUCCGUGUCUGAGACUGCUGAGAAUAAAAGUAUGAGCUACUGCAGCUGGCUGGUACUUCUUGCUUGUAACUUUGCAGUGAACAGUUUAUAAACGUCUUUCUAAAUAGCUUUUUUGGAACUAUUCAGUGAAAUGAAAAAAUAGUUGCAAUUUCCAAUGGGUAUAAAGUAUGUCUCUUUAAAAGUAAAAAGGCAGAGGUAUUAGAGUGUCAGUAUAUGGCUGACAGUCAAGGAACUGGACUGUGAUGAGUAAUGUAAUUCCAUGAGUGAGCAGACAGGGCAAGAAGCAAAUGCCUGUAAUCUCAGCAUUGGCAGAGGUGAAGGCUGGAAAGUGGGAAGUUCAAGGCCAGCCUGGGUGACUUAUAGCAAGCCCUUGCCUCGGAAGAAAACAAAAACGGUAGACUAUAAAACAACAAAAGAAAAAGGUUUAUUAAAAAUCCUCAUCCACAGCCACAAACCAAUACUAUUAUUGCCGUGAAUUACUGUUUUUAUUGUAUAUACUGUAGUACAAACAUACACAACUGUCAGGCCCUGUUCUGUCUGAUACUCAGGAAGUUAUUAUUGAUGUAAUUUUUUUCCAUUAGAGAUAAAAGUUAUUUAUGUUGUGUUAUGCAAUCUUAGCAAAAACUGCUGGCAUAUAUAAGUAUGGCCAGCAUUUUUCUGAGGAUGAUAUUUUUUAGAAGUAUUUUAGGGGAAUAUUCAUUUUUUUCUUUCAGAGUUGGAGAAAUCUUCAGUUGCCUUAAAAAGUAUUUUAUUUCCCCCCUAAAUUAUACCAUCAAAAAAUCAAUCCUUGGAUAGAGAGGCCAGUUUUAGAAUGAGUUAAAACAUUUGAGGCUAGCUAGCUAGAUGGCUAGAGGAGUGUAUAUGUCACAUUUGGUAUAUUACAUAUGGGUAUCUGUUUAUUGUGUAAUUUGUGAAAAAAUAGUUUUCCCCCUGUGUUUUGGAGAUUUUCCUCUUAGAUUCUGAGACUUAGAUUUUUUUUUGUGUCAAAGUAUAUAUGAAACAUUUGCAUGGUUCCUCAUAUGUGCCUUGUUUAGUAAAUGCUAACCAUUUCUAGGAAGAUCUUGUUUUAGUUUGGGAAUACGUCUUCUCACUUCCUUCUGAUUUAAUUUUUCUUUUCUUUUUUUCAUAACCUUUUAUCUGAAUGAAGUCAUUGCUUGUGGUACUGAAAGACAGUUGUCAGAGAUUGUUCUUGGCAUGGAGUUUAUUUAUGUCUCAGCCUCAAAGAGGCAAGACCCCACAUAGCCUGUGCGCUGCUUCUAGACUGGUAAACCUGUUGUUUCAAAUGUUUUGCCUUUAGUGGGUCAUUCUAGUCUCUUUAUUAGUCAGAUAUAAGGUACAAAAUAGGCAGAAGACGUGGAGAAAAAAGAAUGAACUAUGGAGAAAGACAACUCAUUUCUCUAGACCCCAAAAGGUACGUUAGCUAACACUUCAUGCAGGAAGAGAAAACCACAUCCAUUAUUUUGCUCGGCUAUGAGGAAUGGUAUAUAAAAGUUUACUAAGCUUGUUAAUUAGAACAAUACAUUUUUAUGAAUCUGGAGAAAAAUGAUACUCGUGACAAUGAUAUAUUUAUGUUUAGUGAUCUAAACAGCAGUAUUAGUGUUAAAAUUACAUCAAAUAUGAUUUGUAUUGUUUUGGUUUCAAGGUUGCAUGGUAUAGAUACUUACCAGAGCAUUCUGCAUUGAGACCGUACCUGAAAACUUGAGACUCAUGUUACUCUCUAGAAUGCAGAUGCCUGGCUGGUAAAAUAUUGCAUCUUAAAUAUGAAACAGAAUUGAAAAGUUACAAGGGAGGCAUUUCCGAGCUCAUAUCUACUGCAGCUGGGGCCUGUGAACAAAAUAGGAUGGUGACAGUGCAACACACAAGUAUUUUAAAUUGGUCUUGUUGUUUGGCUAAAACUUAAAGAGGAGUUAAAAGGGGUUGUCUUAGAAAACUGGUGUUUCCAUGAUUGUAGCAGGACAGCACAGCCCCGUCAGUUUGCAGAUCAUGCUUUGUGCAGUGAUUCACAGGCUGGCUCCCUUCUCCCAGCAGUAAGAGUGUUAUUAAUCAGCUCUUUAAUUUCCUUCAGUCAGAAACCCUUACAAAUUCACUCUGUAAUAGACAUUCUAGGCUGUGGUUUCACAACAUAGCAUGUAUCUGAAUGAGUUAGGAGUUAACACAAGAACCACCAUCAUCAUCUUCAGUAUGUGUGUGUGUUUUUCUGAGAUGACUUUAAACCAACAAAGGGGUUUAUGAUUGGUGACAUUUUAGAAUACAGGAACUGACUUUUUAAACCAGUAAUAAAACAUGACCAUCGGUAAAUGACCUCUUUAUCCAUGUAAGUUAAAGUGAAAUGAAGGAGGGUAACAUCUGAAGUCGUGUACUACAAUGGCCCUUUAGCUAGUAUACAGUACCUCAGUGAGUAUCUUGUGUGAGGUCCCUGUAUUGUACUUGGAGAGCAGUGGGAAAGCUGAUAAAUGUGCACUAACUUUGUUGGGAAAACAGAUUAGGCAGGGAUGAAUUUCUUUCAUCCUGCUUCUUAGAACAUCCGUUAGUCAAGGAAUCCGGAUCCCCUUCCACCUCCCAAGGAGAGAAGGCGCAUAGGAAACAGGACUGGGCAUGGUGGCCCCUUUCUGUGGGUUGGUCAUGCCUCCUUCCAGCUGUAUUGUGAAUCUUGCAGUGAACGGGAGACCUGAGGUUCAGAACUGCCCACAGCUCGGUGAGGCCUCUCUAGUUCUGGGUUCAGUGUUACUUGGUCAUGACAUGCAGUCAUCUGGUGUAAUCUCCAUGUCUCCAACUUGCCUCUUAAGUAGUUAGGCCACAAGGGAGCCCUUAAGCCCUAAUAAAGAUUUGAGUAUAUUCCACAGUAAGUGUGAAAUUUAGUGAAAACAGAAUUUAAAAAUCCUAAUUUUGGCUUUUUUUUUAGGUUGUGGAGAUUUUAUUAAAAAUAAAUAAUGUUUGUUACAAGGCAACAGGAAAUUUGCUUAUAUUAUUUAAAGGUCUACAUCUUUCAACCACAAAGUUGAAAGAAGGAAUGUGGAAUGAGUUAUGGUAUCCUCUACCCUCUUCUGCCAAUUUUAAGUAAUUAUAGUUUAGAUAUAGGAAAAGGCAGCCACUUUAAGUUUGCAGUUUGAAAAGUUCUUGACAAAUGUGUGAAUAUCCACUUACCUGUCUCUGCCAUUGUGAGUAGUCCUGUGCCUACCUAAAAAGUCUCUAAAAGUCUUAAGCACUCUAGUUCACCUCUACCCCAGUACCCUGCUCUAGUCAAUGACUUAUCUGCUCUUUGUGACUGUAAAUUAGAUUUUUCUUUUAUGGAAUUAUAAAUAAACAGAUCGUAUGGUAUAUACUCUCAUGUCUGGCAUAUUUUGCUUAGUACAGUGUAUUUGAAGUUCUCCAUGCUCAGAUUGAUCCAUGUUUUUUCAUAUGUUAGUAGUAUGUUCUGUUCUUUUCCUUAGUGUUCUGUUGAAGGAAUAUACCAAAUUUGUUUAACUAUUGGUAAUGAACAUUUAGAUUGUUUCGGGUUUGGCUUUUCUAUGAAUAAAGCUGCUAUGUACACAUGA